AUGAGCGAGCUGGGCACUCAGAAGACUGGUGACGGCACUGUUUCUCGCUUGCUCAAUGUGGUGGAAAGUGAGCUUCAGGCAGGGAGGGAAAAAGGUGACCCUACGGAGAAGCAACUUCAGAUCACCCUGGAGGAUGCUCCUCUCUGGCAGAGAUUCAAGGAAGUCACUAAUGAAAUGAUCGUGACCAAGAAUGGCAGACGAAUGUUUCCUGUCCUAAAGAUUAGCAUCAUGGGGCUGGACCCCAAUGCCAUGUACUCCCUUCUGCUGGACUUUGUCCCAACGGAUAGUCACCGCUGGAAGUACGUCAAUGGAGAGUGGGUGCCUGCGGGCAAGCCUGAGGUCUCCAGCCACAGCUGCGUCUACAUCCACCCGGACUCCCCCAACUUUGGGGCCCACUGGAUGAAAGCUCCCAUAUCCUUCAGCAAAGUGAAGUUGACCAACAAACUCAAUGGAGGUGGGCAGAUAAUGUUGAAUUCUCUGCAUAAAUAUGAGCCCCAGGUUCACAUAGUGCGUGUUGGGGGUGCCCACCGAAUGGUAAUGAACUGCUCCUUCCCUGAAACCCAGUUUAUAGCUGUGACUGCCUAUCAGAAUGAGGAGAUAACAGCUCUCAAAAUCAAGUACAACCCUUUUGCCAAAGCCUUCUUGGAUGCCAAGGAACGAAAUCACCUAAAAGAUGGUCCAGAGGCUGUCUCCGAGAGCCAGCACUUGGCCUAUUCUCACUUGGGAGGCUGGAUCUUUUCCAAUCCAGAUGGAGUGUGCACAGCAGGAAACACCAAUUACCAAUAUGCAGCUCCUCUGCCUCUGCCUGCUCCCCACACCCACCACGGCUGCGAGCACUAUUCUGGCCUCCGAGGACACCGGCAGGCUCCCUACCCUUCUGCCUACAUGCAUAGAAACCAUUCUCCCUCAGUGAAUUUGAUAGAAAGCACAAGCAAUAAUCUGCAAGUUUUGUCGGGACCUGACAGCUGGACGUCCCUAUCCUCCACACCCCAUGCCAGCAUCCUGUCUGUACCCCACACCAACGGACCGAUCAAUCCAGGGCCUAGCCCCUAUCCGUGCCUGUGGACCAUCAGCAAUGGUGGCGGGGGCCCCGCCGGACCAGGCCCAGAGGUGCAUGCCAGCACCCCAGGAGCGUUUCUCCUUGGGAACCCGGCUGUGACUUCACCCCCCUCUGUGCUCUGCACUCAAGCCCCCGCUUCGGCUGGUGUGGAGGUUCUCGGGGAGCCGUCGCUGACCAGCAUUGCUGUGUCCACCUGGACAGCGGUGGCCUCGCAUCCCUUCUCGGGCUGGGGUGGUCCAGGUGGGGGUGGGCACCAUUCUCCUUCCUCACUGGAGAGUUAG